CCGGCUGCGGCGGGAUUCGCCCCCUCCCCGAGGCUCAGCACGUUGCGGGGACGAUGAGUUGAGCAGCCGCUGGCACCGCCUCCGCCGGGCGCCUGCUCCGCAGCAGCAGCGGCACCUGGGGACCGCGCCCCUGCGGCGGCGGCGGCGGCAGCUGCCGGGCUCCCCACGCGGUGCCUGCCCGGCCCGGCCCGGCCCGGUUUGCAUUUGCAUUUGCUGCCCUCGCCCGGAGCCGGGCGCGGCGAUGGCUCGGGGCCCCGGCUGGCUGGCGGCGGCCGCGCUGCUGCUGCUGCUCCUGGCGCCCGGCUCGGAGGCCGGCUGCGCCGAGCUGGGGCGCUGCUGCCGGGGCAGAGACCUGGCUUGUGUCAGCCGCGGCUGGAGACCGGACCGAUCCCACGGCGCCUGCUACUGCGACCAGGCGUGUCCCCGCACCAUGGACUGCUGCCACGACUACCCGCAGGCCUGCCCAGAGGUCUCCUGUGCUGUAUCCGAUUGGAGUGACUGGAGUGGCUGUGCAGAGCCUUGUCGGGCAACAUAUCGAGUUCGGAGGAGACACGUCGUGCAGGAGCCUAGAAAUGGAGGCGAGGCAUGUCCUCCUCUAGAGGAGAAGGCUGGCUGUGUGGAGUAUUGGAACCAGGAAGGAGCUGAGUGCAAACAGUCACUUAUUCCAGCAUUAAUAACUACAGGAGGUUAUGGGAAUGCAAGGAAAAAGAGAGCUGCGUCCAGCGAAAAUGAAAGAUCAGGGUAUUGUGUCGAAUUCCAGAUCACAGCCAUCACGGAAGGCUGUUUGCAGGUGAGCGGUUCCUAUACUCAGUGGAUGCGAUAUCUCAGCGAGGGGCACACGGUCUGUGUGGAGUGCCAGCACCCGGCCCUGGAUUCCAGGAGUCUGCAUUGCUACGGGGAUGGCAGUGGAAGCGAAAAGAAUCAGCUGCUGCACUGGCAGGCCAUGGGGAAUCCCCGGUGCAGAGGAACCUGGAGGAGAGUUCGCCAGCUGGACACUUGCUCCUGUCCUUCCGUUCACAGUUUCUUGUUCAUCUAACUCCUCUGAAUUGGCCCAGCGCCUCCAAGCCUGAGUCACAUGAUCGUGGCUUUGGCACAAAGUUUGAGGUAACAACCCCAUCCCACCUGCUGAUCAGUCAGUAAAGCCGCUCUUGGACUGCUUCAAGGAGGUUGCCACCUGCCAGUUCUGAGGCUGAAAACCCCUUCAUAUCCACCCACGCUCUUGGCUCUCUGAAGAAGACAGGCUGACAAAGCAACUUCAGUCUCUUUGUCCCCACAUUUCCUUCCAUGAAUGUCCCCUGUGCUUGAGAGCAGCCACCCUGACUUGGGUAGUCAGUCGCCUACUCUACUUCCAAGUCCCUCCUUCCCUGAGACUUGCCAGCAAGAAGCCACCAAAUAAGAGAAUUAAAAAACGAAUUAAUAUACAUGUAUUGUUUAAAAACCUAGCUAAGUAGCCAACAAGAGACAUGCAAAAUGAGUCCACUCAAACUGCCUCCUCUCCAUACAGAUAACCCCCCCUGCCUGGAGGCACUCCUACCUUCCCCCAGUGUUUUUGUUAUUUUAUGUUGGGUUCCUGGUCUAAUGUAGAGGCCAGUGCUGUACCUAUUGAAAUUUGGGGCAAAGCUCUCAUUUACUUCAGUGAGAGGAGGUGUGAGUCCUUAGGGACUGAUCCUGAAGGGUGCUGAGUGCCUCCUGCGUAUUGCUGAGCAUCCUCCGCUCCCAUUGGGCUGGAUCCUGCUUCCGUUGAGGUAUACAGUUUUAACUCCUCACUUAACGUUACAUUUAUGUUCCUGAAAAAUGCUACUUCAAUUCUUAUGGGGAAAUUGGAUUUCGCUUAAUGUAAAUGGGGAGGAAGAGGGAGGGUUAGGUUCCAGGGAAAUUUUUUUUGCCAGACAAGACUGUAUUUUCUAUGUAUACAGACACACAACACAAGUUUUAAACAAUGUAAUACUGUACAGAGCAAUGAUGAUUGUGAAGCUUGGUUGAGGUGGAGGAGUCAGAGGGUGGGAUAUUUCCCAGGGACUGCCUUACUGCUAAAUGAUGAACUAGCUCUCAGCUGAGCCCUCAAGGGUUAACCCAUUGUUAAUGUAGCCUCACUCUGUACAAGGCAGCAGGAAUGGAGGGAGGGGAGACAGCAUGGCAGAGAGAAACAGACACAUCAUGUGUGAGAGACACGCAUUGCCCUUUUAAGUGUGCUGUCCCAACUCUAAGUACAUUACCUUUUUAAGUAGAUAAGCAAGUUGAGACAGCAGAGGCUGCCAGCAAGCUCCCGCUGUCCUGAGCCCUAUCGUGUCCUGUCCACCCCCUGCUCUGUGGAUGGGGUAAAGGAGUGUAGGGGGGAGAGAGGGUGACACCCUGACAUUAGCACCCCUUCUUCCUCCCCUCUGCCCACCCACCCAGCAAGUGGGAGGCUCCUGGGAGCAGCUCCAAGGCAGAGAGCAGGAGCAGCGCAUGGCAGUGGUGGGAGGGA